GGGAAGAGCCGAGGCGCCGGAAGAGCCCUAGAGCCGAAGGUGGCGGGUGUUUUUUAGGUGGUCGGUCUGGCAAUCUCUGAAACGUAGACGGAGAACGUGACACCGAGCGGUCCUCGCAGCCCCAGGCGCAGGCGGGGCGAGCCAGCCUUUCUGACCGCAGGACUGGUCGGGACGGAAUGUAGGGCGCCGGGCGCGGGGGCCGCCAGCGCGGCUAGACAGGCUCGGCGGUGGUGCGCCGAGGAUGGAGAGAGCGAUGGAGCAACUCAACCGCCUGACUCGCUCGCUGCGGCGUGCUCGCACGGUGGAGCUGCCCGACGAUAAUGAAACUGCUGUUUAUACCUUAAUGCCAAUGGUUAUGGCUGAUCAACAUAGGUCUGUUUCUGAACUACUAUCAAAUUCAAAGUUUGAUGUUAACUAUGCAUUUGGACGUGUGAAAAGAAGCUUGCUUCACAUUGCAGCAAAUUGUGGAUCUGUGGAAUGCUUGGUUCUGCUGUUAAAGAAGGGAGCAAAUCCUAACUACCAAGAUAUUUCCGGUUGUACUCCACUUCAUUUGGCAGCUAGAAAUGGGCAGAAGAAAUGCAUGAGUAAAUUACUAGAAUACAGUGCUGAUGUCAACAUUUGUAAUAAUGAAGGCCUUACAGCAAUACACUGGCUGGCUGUGAAUGGGCGGACGGAACUACUCCAUGACCUGGUACAACACGUCAGUGACGUCGAUGUGGAGGACGCAAUGGGGCAGACGGCGCUGCAUGUGGCCUGCCAGAAUGGUCACAAGACGACAGUGCAAUGCUUGCUAGACAGUGGUGCUGAUAUUAACAGGCCAAAUGUAUCAGGAGCCACUCCAUUGUACUUUGCUUGCAGUCAUGGUCAGAGAGACACAGCACAGAUUCUUCUAUUACGAGGAGCCAAAUACCUGCCAGAUAAAAAUGGUGUAACCCCUCUGGAUUUAUGUGUACAGGGUGGAUAUGGAGAGACCUGUGAAGUGUUAAUUCAGUAUCACCCUAGGCUUUUCCAGACAAUUAUUCAAAUGACACAAAAUGAAGAUCUUCGAGAAAACAUGUUACGGCAAGUUCUAGAACAUUUGUCUCAGCAAAGUGAAAGCCAGUACCUGAAGAUUUUAACAAGCCUUGCUGAAGUUGCCACAACAAAUGGUCAUAAACUGCUUAGCCUGUCUAGUAAUUAUGAUGCUCAAAUGAAAAGCCUUUUAAGGAUUGUGAGGAUAUUUUGUCAUGUCUUUCGAAUUGGUCCAUCCUCUCCCAGUAAUGGAAUCGAUAUGGGCUACAACGGAAAUAAAACUCCAAGAAGCCAGGUGUUCAAGGUCAGAAAAGUAUAUGACGUUGUUAUGAAGAUAGACGUAAAAGAGAUGAAUGUCACAAAGCAUGCAUUCAUUAAUCAGAAACCUCAUACACAGGACCCUCUUGAGUUGCUUUGGCACUCAUUAGAUGAAUGGCUAGUUUUAAUAGCUACAGAACUGAUGAAAAACAAAAAGGACUCAACGGAUAUCACUUCUAUUUUACUAAAACAAAAAGGCCAAGAUCAAGAUGGUACUUCCAUUCCUCCAUUUCAACCUCCAGGACCUGGGAGCUAUGAAAAUCUAUCCACUGGCACCAGGGAAUCUAAACCAGAUGCUCUAGGAGGGAAACAGGAAGCCAGUGCAGACUGUCAGGAUGUUAUUUCUAUGACAGCUAACCGGCUAAGUGCUGUCAUUCAAGCCUUUUACAUGUGCUGUUCUUGUCAGAUGCCUCCAGGGAUGACUUCACCCCGUUUCAUUGAAUUUGUAUGCAAACACGAUGAAGUCUUAAAAUGCUUUGUUAACAGAAAUCCCAAAAUUAUAUUUGAUCACUUUCAUUUCCUCCUUGAAUGUCCUGAGUUGAUGUCAAGAUUCAUGCACAUCAUAAAAGCACAGCCAUUUAAAGAUCGCUGUGAGUGGUUCUACGAGCAUUUGCACUCAGGACAACCAGAUUCGGACAUGGUGCACAGGCCAGUGAAUGAAAGUGAUAUCCUGCUGGUCCACAGAGAUUCUAUUUUUAGGAGUAGCUGUGAAGUUGUGUCAAAAGCAAACUGUGCAAAGCUAAAGCAGGGAAUUGCCGUGCGGUUCCAUGGAGAGGAAGGCAUGGGUCAAGGUGUUGUGCGUGAGUGGUUUGAUAUUCUGUCUAAUGAGAUAGUCAAUCCCGAUUAUGCAUUGUUUACCCAGUCAGCUGACGGAACAACUUUUCAGCCUAAUAGCAAUUCCUAUGUAAACCCUGAUCACCUGAACUAUUUCCGGUUUGCUGGACAGAUCUUGGGAUUAGCACUGAACCACAGGCAGCUGGUCAACAUUUACUUCACAAGAUCAUUCUACAAGCACAUUCUUGGUAUCCCUGUAAAUUACCAAGAUGUGGCAUCUAUUGAUCCAGAAUAUGCCAAAAAUUUACAGUGGAUUUUGGAUAAUGAUAUUAGUGACCUAGGUCUAGAACUAACUUUUUCUGUUGAGACUGAUGUAUUUGGAGCAAUGGAAGAGGUGCCUUUGAAGCCUGGGGGUGAAAGUAUUCUGGUGACACAAAAUAACAAAGCGGAGUAUGUCCAGCUUGUUACUGAACUUCGAAUGACAAGAGCCAUUCAGCCUCAGAUCAAUGCCUUUUUACAGGGUUUUCAUAUGUUCAUUCCACCCUCCCUCAUACAACUGUUUGAUGAAUUUGAGUUGGAGCUACUGCUCUCUGGCAUGCCAGAAAUUGAUGUGAGUGAUUGGAUAAAAAACACAGAAUACACAAGUGGCUAUGAAAGAGAAGAUCCAGUUAUUCAGUGGUUCUGGGAAGUUGUGGAGGAUAUUACUCCAGAGGAGAGAGUUCUUCUCUUGCAGUUUGUUACUGGCAGUUCCAGGGUCCCACAUGGUGGAUUUGCUAAUAUCAUGGGUGGAAGUGGAUUGCAAAACUUUACAAUUGCUGCUGUGCCAUAUACUCCAAAUCUUCUACCAACUUCAAGCACAUGUAUCAACAUGCUCAAGUUACCUGAAUACCCAAGUAAAGAAGUACUCAAGGACAGACUUCUGGUGGCACUGCAUUGUGGCAGCUACGGUUACACAAUGGCCUAACGAAGUCUGGAAAGCUCAUCGGACUGCUGACAAUUCGGAGUGCAGGGGUGAUUUAGGGGACUGUCAGCGAAAAAGCAGCCUAAACACAGCCGCAGGCAGGGCUGGGGUUUAAAAUUCACGAGGUUUUCUCCUCACCCCUUUUUCCUUGUAUGUUUUCUCAGUUUGUGAUACAAUUAGAAAAUCACAGUAGUGUUCAUUUUUUAAAAUGUUAAUUGAAAGUUAUAGAAACUGUCCUUUUUGAUAUUUCUUUAAUCUUAUCCAAGAUUGUAUUAAGGCAAAAUCUAAUUUUACAUUCCACCUCUGCUAUGUUACUGUCUUGUAGGAUGUUUUCUCUUUAUUGUCAUGUAUAUUAAAAUAUAUUAGGACUUCCAAACUGGUAUGUUCUGUUGCAUGUAAAGUGCUGUUUAUAUUUUGGAGAACUAUUGAAUAGAAUGGAUUAAUUUAGAUUGUAUAUAAAGCCAUAAAAUAUGUAUUUUCCCAUAUUGGAUCUAUAUUGCAAUGAUGUUUUUUAGCUUUUUAUUUUUUAAUAUAUAAUGUAAAGUUUAAACUAAUGUGACUAACACACAGCUGAUGAAAUGAUACCUA